AAGAGGAACAUGGAUAGAAGGUGAAGCAAUACAAGUUAUAUAUAACAAAGCUGAAUGUAGUUGGAAUGACAACUGUUAUACAUUGUGCAUCGUUGUUAUUAUCGAAGAAAUGAGAGGUGGCAACUCUAAGCACGGUGUAGCGGGGGAGGGAGAAACGACUUUGGAGUCAGUGUGAGGUAGGAGAGCGAAUGGUUCAUUACUGCGGUUCCUUCAACAUCCGUCCUCCAUCCACCUCCAAUAUCAAGGUGCACUAUAUGAGGAAGGUGAAGGUAUAUCCAUGGCGGACUGACUGAGGCUGGAGAAAAACUAAUGUCACCAUGAGUCUAGUCAGUGAAGUGCCGGUAUUAUUCCUCCAUGAGUUAAAGGUGGUUGUGUAGGAGUGGAAUAAAAUUAAGAACGUAAGAAGUGAAGUAUUUAAAAGUGUUAACCAAAGAAAGAGGUAUAUUAAGUUUGAUACUUAAGCUAGUGUGAAAUUCUGUUCCUGGGAGUCCGAGUCGCAGUGAGUAUAAUCAGCUGAGAAAGACAACACUUCAAAAUGUCAGACGGUAUGGGCGACGAGGAACAAUUCCGCAUGAGCCACGCAGGGCUACUGGCGAGGAGCGCUGAGGGGCACGCCGCCAAGGGCAUGCGGAUCAAGGAUCAGGAGGACAUGUGGGUGGAAAUCCAGCACCACACAUUCAGAAACUGGGUCAACGUUCAGCUCCGGGACACAGGUCUUAAAGUAGACAACCUAUCCGAGGACCUGAGGGACGGCCUGGCCCUCGUCACCCUGGUGGAGGUGCUGCAGAAGAGGCGCCUUCGUAAAGUGAAACGGGUAAUGAACCAGCACCAGGCUUUGGAGAACGUCACCACCGCUCUCAAUGCCAUCGCCGAAGACGGCAUCAAGCUGGUCAACAUAGGAAACGUGGACAUCGUGAAUGGGAACCUGAAGCUGAUCCUCGGCCUCAUCUGGUCCCUCAUCAUGCACUACCAGAUCGGACAGUCCAAAUUCCCCCCCAAGAAGCUGAUGCUGACCUGGCUAAGGGCCGUCCUCCCAGACUGCCGCAUCCAGAAUUUCACUUCGGACUGGAACAGCGGUGUUUACCUGAGUGCUCUGUUAGACUAUUGUAAGCCCGGACUCUUCACCACGUGGAAGAAUCUAAACCCAAGGAAUUCAAUUCCCAAUUGCAAACAAGCCAUGGAGAUCGCAAAAGCAGAAUUCAACAUCCCCAUGAUUCUCGAGCCAGAAAUUCUUGCCUCCCCAUACUUGGAUGAGUUGUCUGGCAUGACCUACCUGUCUUACUUUAUGAAGGAAGGGGGCCCAGGCUACAAGGCAACGCUCGACUGGGUUAGAAAGCAGCUUCCUAAUAGAAAAAUUAAUAACUUUACGACGGACUGGAACGACGGAAUGAACCUAACAACCUUGGUGAAACAGUUAGGAGGUCCAGUACCAGGAUUCAAGAGGCUACGACCCGAUCCGGACAGUUGGGAAUCUAACUUACAGUUGGGAAUCGACGGCGGUCGGAAGCUCGGCGUGGAGCCCGUGUUGUCGGCCAGCGAGAUGUCCCGGCCCGACGUCGAGUCCCUGGCUAACAUGGGCUACAUCGCCUACUACCAAUGGGUGAGGCCCCGUCAGAGCCCCGCUGAUUCCUUGGCUGUCAAGUGCGACCUCGAUAACGUUCGCGUGAAUAAUCCGGUGCCGUUCAAGAUCGAUUUCCUGACAAAGGAAGUGGUACUGAGUGAGAUUAAAGUUCAGGUACAGGGACCUACAGGGCCUGUUAGGGUUGACCUCGACCUGAGCCCGAGAGGAGGCAAGGGAGUUUUCGUGCCCGACGAAGUGGGCAUCUAUGAGUUGACGGUACUCAGUGAGGACGAAGUGGUCGAGGGCUGCCCAGUGAAAGUGAGGGCUCUUCCUGACGUCUCCAAGAUCAUGUUUUCGGGCAUCGACCCCUGCGCUCUUGGCUCCAUCGUCGAAGUCGUGAUUAACAGUAACGGUGUGGGCGGAGGUGAUAUCGACGUGACAGCGUACUCGCCGACCGGCCGUGGGCUUGUUUGUCCCGUGAAGGUGGAUGACGGCGUGUACGCGGCCACCUUCCAGCCUGACGAGGCCGGCGAGUGGUCCAUCGCCGUGACGUAUGACGAGGAACACAUCCAGGGAUCGCCCUUUACCUGUCACGUAUACGAUCCACAUUCUCUCAAGAUACGAGAACUUGACAAGGGCCCAUCCUCCGUGCCUGGGAGACCCUUCACUUUCGUUGUAGACGCCACCAGGUGCGGGUGGGGCGACGCCACAGUGGACGUGACCCAAGGCGGCAGGUCCAUACCCUCGAGGUCGCUCGAAAUCGAUCGAGGACUCUACGAGGUCACCUUCACUCCCCUUGAGGCCGCAAAGCACAAGAUCUACGCCUAUUUCAACGGACACGAGGUUAAAGGGUCUCCAUUCUCUCUGUACCUGGGGAUCGAGAGGCCUCCGGACAGGAAGGACUCCAAGUCGAGGAAGAAGACGUCCAGCAAGGAGACGAAAACGUCAAAGGACGUGAAGGAGGUCGUAAAGGAGUACUCGGGAUCAUCCCUCCUAAAUUCCCCGAGGUACAGUUCCUCCAGUAACGACUCACCUUACAAAUCGAGUAACCUCUCCAAGACCUAUGACUCGAAUACUCAAAGCAAGGCUUAUGAGACAGGCAACAGGUCCGUCAACUCUAGCAUCACCAAAAACUCUCUGGAGAAAACUUACGACUCGAAGUACGACCCUCCGAGCAAGGCGUUCGACUCCUCGGUCAGCAAAGGCAAUAGUAGUUACGAAGCUAUCAACAACAAAUACGUCAACUUCGAGUCGUCCACCAUCGUCAGUAGAAGCAGCGCUUUCGACUCUUCCAAAAAGCAUUCCAGUUCAUAUGAUGCUCCUCAUUCCAAGAUCACUCACGAGGAUUCCCUUUCCAAAAAAGGAUAUGAGAUGCCCACCUCGGCCAGGAAGUCCCUCACGUUCGAGUCGAGUCCGGCAACAAGUCCAACCAGAAUCUCCAGCUACAGCAAGAGUAGCGCUCUCGACUCAAGUUACAACUCGAGCUUCGAUUCUUCAUUUAACACCUCGACAUCUACAGUUAUCAACACCAACAAAUCUACCUUCAACAAAGCCGCCAGCCCCACUCGGCUCUCCUCGCCCCGCAAAUCCACUUCCCCGUCUCCCCCGCCCACCCUUCCCCCCGCGGUGCCAAGGACUGGCCGUGCGGUGAGCCCCCCGGCUGGCCCUCCGAACGCCCUCACCGGCCUCUCCUCGCCCGCCAAGGUUCUGCAGAUCGCUCAGAAUGCUGCCAAAACAUCUGAAGCAGGGAGGAGGAUGAGGGACUCCAGCGCCUCCUUCGUCACCUCUUCAUCCUCCUCCUCCGGGAAGUACAGAACCUCCAGGACACUGAUCGCCAGCAGAGACAGACCCGAUGUACUCGAGGACCCGGGGGUCGAGCUCGCCGCUUCGGUCAGGCUCCUCACUCCCAGUUCGCGCGUUUCCUCCGAGCCGAGAAUCCCGUUGGCCCAGAGUGAUGACCAUUUCGACAUAGCCGACUCCUCUUACGCCAACGUCAGCGUGGGAGCAAACACGUCCUCUGCUAUCACUACGACAACUAUUAGAAGGUCCGAGGAAAAUCUAUUAACUACUGCAGACCACAGAAUGACCUCCAGUGCACUUCAUCCAGUGAGUGAGCGUAGGAGUGGGGGUGUAGCCAUAGAAAACGAGCAUGUAUACACCAUUGAAGGUGACAACAAUGCUAUGGCAGCUUCCCGACUUCCAGUCCAAGGAAUGGAGUCCAUUACUUAUCUGAGUUCAAGUACGACAUCAGUGGAUGUUGGUGAUGCUGUGUCUCACCGCCUGCAGAGUAGUUCCUCUACUAGCUUCAACCAACAAGAAAAACAUCGACACCCCCAUUCCUCAAUUGAUCCAUCCAGGGUAACAGUCAGUGGUCCAGGGGUCAGGCUUGUGUCUGUCCGCUCCCAGGCUGAGUUUACUGUCAGCACACCACAGCCUUUACAUCAGGAGGAGGUCAAUGUUAAAAUAACCGGUCCUGGGAAGCGUCACGUGCCUCUGGCCCUGAACCAGAUGGCAGAGGGGGAAGUGAUGGCUGCCUUUACCCCUCAGCAGGUUGGAGAGUACAUAGUGGAUGUGAGAAUCAAGGAUACUAGGAUACCAGGCAGCCCCUUCAGAUGUUAUGUGUAUGAUUCUCAAGAAAUACGUGUAGGCACCAUUCCUAAUGGUAUUGUAGGAAGGCCUGUGGAAUUUGAAAUUGAUGGAUCAACAGCAGGGUCUGGAAACUUGGAAAUUCUGGUGAAUGGGGGACAUGUAACUUCAUAUGUGAGGAAUUUGGGUCAACAAAGAUUCCUUGCUUCAUUUGUACCCCAUUCUGCCAUUCGCCACAUGGUUGAGAUGCGCUUCAAUGGAGAGAAAGUCCCUGUGAUCCUAGCAAGAGACAUUGGAGGUCCUGGAAGUAGCUCUCGAGACGUUGCAUGA